CGGGAGCGGUUUGAAGCUCCGCCCACUAGCCGCACCUGUCGCACCACCUGCAGCAGGACUCACGCACCGGAGGAGGCUGUGGCUGCAGCAGCGACAUGGGGGGCGUCUACUCCAGUGAGAAGAUGGCAGGAGUUUUUGCCUACGAAAGUUCCGAAAUUGACUGGUGUGAAGACAACUACAAACACUCGGAGCAUGUGGUGGAAUAUUUCAACACUAUGAGCAGCUUUGUUUUCUUUAUCAUAUCUCCCGUCAUGCUCUACCUCCUGCAUCCAUACGCCAAGGAGAGGAGCCUGUCAGUCCACAUGGUUUGGAUCAUGAUGCUUUUUGUUGGGCUCUUCUCGGCGUAUUUCCACAUGACUCUGAGUUUUGUUGGCCAGAUGUUGGACGAGCUGUCCAUCCUGUGGGUGUUGGCAGUGGGAUAUGCCACCUGGUUUCCCCGCAGACUGUUUCCCUCUUUUAUAAAAGACAGAGCUACAUUUUCACGACUCGUCAUGCUGAUCACCGUCAUCACCACGGUGUCCUCGUUCGUCAAACCCACAGCCAACGCCUACGCUUUAAACUGCUUUGGCCUCCAUCUGCUUUACACUCUCGCGAUUGAGAUGAGAAGCUGCACUGACCCGAAGGUUCUGCGACUCGCUAAGAUGUCGGUGGCUCUGUGGGUGCUCGCCAUCGCCUGCUGGAUCGGCGACCGUUUUGGUUGCAGCUUCUGGCAGAAGAUAAACUUCUGCUACCUGCACAGUAUCUGGCACAUUCUCAUUGUGAUGGCGGUGGCUUAUGGCAGCACCCUGAUAGCUUACCUGGACGCCAACUAUGAGAUACCGUACUCACUUCCUGGGCUUCAGUAUUGGCCGUGUGAUAAAUGGGCUGUUGGAUUACCUCACAUUGUGCUGAAGAGCACUUCUAAAACACGUAAGCGGUGCUAACGCAGUCGUGUUUUAACUGAAAGCAGAACAUUUCUAUUCAUGCACUACAUUAGCACAGUAUUUCCUCUGUUCUAAACCACAACAUAGACCUCAUCAGCAGACGCCCGUUACAUGAAAUCCGUGCAACAAGUUUGUUCCCACCAACCAGAAUUUAAACCUGAAGAAUCUGAUCUCACUUCAUGACUGACAGUAGAACACAAAGCAAAAAAAAGAAUUGUUUUGUUUCCACCAAGGGUGGAUUAACAAACAGGCCACCUACACUGAACAAGAAUGCAUAAUCUACACAUCAAACUUACCAUCUAUCUGAAGUUAUAUCUGAGUUAUUUAUACUUGGUUGUUGUGUUUUUUUAUUUACGAGUUAUGCAGUGACGUUAAUGUAAAUCAAACCUGUUGUUUGAGUCUCUUUCCUUUCAAGCCAUGAUUAUGUUUUUUUCAUAGUUGACUGAUCUGGAACUUUAUGUGUGUGAGAGAUGAACAUUAGAUUCACUGAUAUUUUUUCUAUAUAUGACAGUCAUUGUUUAUCACAAUGACUGUCAAUGUGUUUUUUUAAAUUACAAAAUGUCUAUAGACAUAUAUGUAUAUGUAUAUGUAUAUGUAUAUGUAUAUAUAUAUAUAUAUAUAUAUAUAUAUAUAUAUACAUAUAUAUAUAAGCAUUUGUGUUUUUGUAUAAAUCAAGUCAUUUGCAAAUAUUUUCAAGAUACGAUGAAUGCACAUUUUAUUCUGCAUGUGACAGAUUAAACCUGUGUCCUGUGUAUGUUUUUGUGACCUAUUCUUCAGUGAAAUCUGUUGAAAUGGAGUUUUAGAAGAUCUUUUUUUUGUUGAGGUGAUGUUUUGAGAAUAUUCAGGCACACUGUGGCUGCAUUCACCGGAUUUUUCAGGAAGGACACAAUUGAUGGAACAAUAGCUCCUUUGCACAAAGAAAUGCACACGCUUUCUCUGCUCUGCAGUGUUCAACAGCGACAUCAUAUGAGCGGUGAUGAUAAACACACAUUUGAAAGCACCCUGUGCUCUGAAAUGUGACUGAAUUGAAUAUGAUAAAUCAAAGAGGCAGGUACAGCAUGAUACAGCAUGUGCCGGAGAGUUAAUUAUCUGUCAUUUUUUUAAGCUUUUCAUGAUAUGACAAUAUGUAGGAAAACUACAAACAAAUAUCUGUUAACUUACUCUAGUAUUUAUACGUAUUGUGUAUUGUACUGUAUGUAUGAUUAAUUGUGGUUUGGCCACUAUUACACAGUAAAAUACUUACAAUGUUAA